UACUAUUAUCAGCCAUCGGCUAUGUGCAUUCUGCAUUUUGCAUUUUGCAAAUUGCAAUUACCUUGAAAAAAAUAUAAAAAAUUGCGACAUGAUUUAAAUAAAUAAAGCGAAAACCGUUUUGCAUAAUAAAAUUAUAUUAUUGUAUAGUGCGUUUAUAACGUUUUGUUUGCAUUUUGCUAGCUUCAAAACAAUCGAAUCAAUGUCAGAACUGUAAAGCAUAACCUAUCAACGUGGAGGAAAGCAAUGCACAUUUGGUCAAGGUGGAGCGAACAGGCUCUUACCAUCAAGACCAAGUCGAUUCUGUGUUGUAUAAUAAUUACAACAACUUUGAGGAUUUGGAAAACGGAAAUAUCACUACAGUUCCUUUCAUGGAAGAUACAUCUUCAUUACCGAAAAAUGCAAUCUUCAUACCUCUGUCGGGAACUACCCCGCCACAACAUCCAGACGAACCCUUUGAUGCUAAUGCUUAUAAAACACUCAAAAGAGGUAUUUCGCGUGCCACCGAUAAUGUAAAUAUUGUAUCUCAAGCAAGAUCAGAACUAGUAUUGGUGGAUAGUGCCGAAGACGAGUUGCCUGUUGUGGAAACUCCAGUGUACACAUUUAUGUUACCAGAUUUGGCGGCACUCGAAGAGAAAUUUCGAUUGUUUAUUGAAAAAGAUUUAAUAGCAGUAGCAAUGCAAAAUUCCUUGGAAAACGCCAAUCGACUGAAUUGGUGGUCUGGUUUUUGUCAAAAGCUCUGGCCACUUUCAACUUCUGGCGAUGGUAACUGUCUACUACAUGCUGCUUCAUUGGGUAUGUGGGGAUUUCAUGAUCGUUUGUUGUGUUUGAGACGGACUUUGCAUACGUUUCUGAGCACGAGUCUGGUACGUGAAGCACUUUGGCGACGAUGGCGGCGACAACAAACAAUAUUAAACUCUCAGUUCGGUCUCGUUUACACUGAACAGGAGUGGCGUAGAGAGUGGAAUGCCAUCGUCAGUAUGGCUUCUACUGUGCCUCGGAUGAGAAGGCACAGUAUAUCGAGCACUGCUAAUGGUGAAACUGAAGGAGAUAUUUAUGAGAGUCUUGAAGAAAUACACGUUCUAGCUCUGGCUCACAUCUUAAGAAGGCCUAUCAUCGUCGUCGCGGAUACAAUUCUUAAGGACAUGAAUGGUGAAGCAUUAGCUCCGAUACAGUUUGGAGGAGUUUAUUUGCCAUUCGAGUACUUUUCAAGCGACUGUCAUCGUUCACCGUUGUUACUAGCAUACGACGGUGGACAUUUCUCUGCAUUAGUGGCAAUGGAAACACCCAACUCGGUACUUUCGUCCGCCGUUCCUUUGGUCGAUUCAAACGGCGAUCUUUUGCCGAUACAGUUUCCAAUCGAUCCAGGAACAACUGACCAAACACCAGACAAAAAUCAAGAUUUGUCGUUCACCGAUUCUUUAACAAUGCUAAACGAGUAUUUAGAUAUUGUCAAACUCGACCCGCAAGGAAAUAAUGAAUCGUCGGGUAAAAAUGGACUUUUCGGAAGUUUGGGACGGUCUGUGGGUAAUAAAUUGAAAUCAAAACUAUCUCGAACAAACUCAAUUAAAAAUCUUACCGUAGCUCUACAGUCAAAGUACACUCUUUGCGCUCUGAUUAAUACUGACAAAAAACACGAAUACCACGACGUCAUGAUUAAAAACUAUUUACAAACCGCUGCAGAACGAUUUCGUCUUUCUCCAUAUGCGGAUCAAACACCUCGUUACGGAGCUGGUAAAUCACGUUUUUACACAGAAGUUGAUUCAGAGUCGCAUAUAAAAGUCGGACAAAUGACUCCAGUCAAAGCUACCACUAACGUAGAUUCUACUUUGUAUUUAUCAAAGUCUACGUUUUACGAUACUGUUCCCGAAGGCGAGCCUUGCCGUGUUGAGGAAUGUCCAUUUUUUGGAUCGCCCGCUACUAAAAACCUGUGUUCAAAAUGUUACCAACAACAUCAACAACAGCAAAAUGAUUAAUAACUAAUAUAAUAUACAUACAUUACACUAUUGACAAUUUCAUCACAUCUAAAUAUUAAUUUUAAAAACGAGGUGAUUCUUUCCUUGAAUUUUUUUUUAUAAUUUUUGUUAUUUUAACACAUUUUCUUUGAUUUUUGGGUAUUUUUAUAACCGAAACCUAACUAUUUUUUAUAAUAUAUGAAUUUAUAUUAAAAACUUAGAUUACAGGUUUUGUUUAAAACACUUUAAUGUUUCAAUAAUAUUACGAGACUUGUAAAAAUUAAAUACAUAAUUCAUUGGUAACAAAGUAUCAAAAAUAAAUGUAUAAUAGUAAAAAUAUUUAAAAAUUGCCAAAAACCAUCCUUUACUUAAUAUAAAUCUAAAAGCAUACUAAAAAUUAACUUAAACAGAUGGUAUAAAAAUUUAAUAUCAAACAUUUAUUUUAUAUAAAUAAUACUUUAAAAAAGUAAUAAAAAAAAUUAAGUAUCAGAUAUUAGAAUCACCUUGUGUCACUAUGGUUAUCCAAAUUCUGUUUCGCUGUUUAACUCUUGGUCUAAAAUUUGGAUAAUCAAUAUAAAUAUUUAUAUUCGCUUGAGUAGCAGCUUUUAAUAUGUAUUGUUAUUUAUUUAAAAAGUAAAGUAUUAAUCUUUAAGUAUUUGCACAAUGUGUGCCUCUCACAUAUAAUUUACUAUUAACACAUUAUUAUUUUUUGUUUUAUGUAAAUACAAUACUAACGUGAACAAUUUAAUAACGGUCAUUUAUUUUUAUUAUAUACCAUUGUUAUAAAACGUUUUUAUCAAUAACAUCUAAUUUAUAUAAGUAUUAACUAAUUAUAAUACACCCUAGCGUAUUUAACGAACUUAAGUUCAGCCAUAGUACAGCCAAUAAUCUAAUAAGCAGUUUUCCCUGCAAAUUCCUAUGUAAGUAGUAUUGCUGAAUUUUAAUGUACAUUAUUUUGAUGCACACAUAGUUGUAAAAUACAAACAUCUUUAUAUUGAACACAAAAUAUUUGUGUUAUGCAUUGUGAAUAAUAUAACGCUGAGUAAAACUAAUUAUAAGAUUAUAUUACAUCAUCACGUUAACAUCUUUUAUUAUUUUUUGUUGUUUAAAUCGAUAAUAUUUUAUGUUUGU